GAAGAGGGAGAGAGAGAGAGAGAGCGAGCGCGAGCCGGAGCAGGAGGCAGUGCCAGUCCGCUGCUGCUGUCGCUGCUGUGGGCUGGACUGUGUUCCAGAGCCAGAGAUCUGUACUGACAGCACAGGCGGACAAAAAGGGACUAUGAGCGAAGACCAGGCAAAGAGUCUCCACUGAGGAGGAAAAGCCAGGGAGAGUGCUGGAACACAGUUUGUUUCAAAUAAGGAAUAGCAUGGGAGCUGUGUGUGCAGUGUGCGCGUGUCACCAGAUGAGUGUCGGCACGAGGCUUCAGGGUUAAAUGCAUAGUUUAAAAAAAAAAAGACAAAAAGCAAACGGUGACGUUACAGUAAAGGUGUGAGGUUGCCGUCCCUAGGCCAGAGGUGUCAGUCGGGGAAGAAAAAUGUGGCAGCACCUGUUCACCUUACUCUGGAGGGAUAAGCUCACUGAACAGACAUUUGCUUUAACUUGAAGAGGCCCUCCUCUGGCGGAAUUGGGAGCUUGGUGAUGGCAUGAUGGAUUUGAUGGACUGCCUUUGGGAAUCUUCAAGUGGAACCCAGCUUGAUUGAGUGACUUAAUGCAGUUUGGAAUUUCCUCUGAAAGCCUUUAUCUCUUGGAUAUUACCCAUUUGCCUUGGAUUUUACCGACUGACCACACCUUCUAGGAUAUUGUGGAAGUUCUCCUCCAGAGGCUUUUCACUUAAGGGUUUGAGUCUUUCUGGGGCGGUGGGUUUUCACUUGGAUGUUCGCCAUGAAGGACGUGGACGGACCUCGAUCUAGCAACCAGCGGAAAAAGAGGAAGUCGAGGUCGGAGAGGGAUCGGGAGAGGAGACCGAAUGGGAUAAGGAGCAACCACGUCAAAGGCUCGGUGUUUCGCCUCUCCUCCGACUCCGAGCGGGAGGUGGAACGGGAGCCCUCCUCGUCCCGGCCUCGACCUCCGCGGAGGAAGCGAAAGGAGUCUACUUCGGCCGAGGAGGACAUCAUUGAUGGCUUCUCCAUCACAGGCUUUGUCACCCUUGAGGCUCUAGAGAAGAACAUGACAUUGGCGCCUCAGGAGAGCAGAAACAGCCAAGCCGGCCCCCUGCACAAGAAGAAACCUCCCAAACUGCCCAACGGCUUAAGCCUGGAGUCAUGCAGGAACAACCACCACCAGCACCAGACGUCAGACCAGGAGAACAACCCCCGCCUGGCGCACACACAGGGGAAGAAGAAGAAGAAACGCCUGAAGAAGAAGCGCGCGACGCUGAAACCUGGGCAGAAAAACGGCAAGGACAGCGACAGUGAGAGCGCGAGCGGCGAGUCCAAGCCUUCCAUCAGGAGCAGCUCCAGAGACAGACUGACAGAUUGUGACACAGAGAGUGACCGGGAAGACAAGGUUUCCGAUGCCAGUUCAGAGAAAUUUUUCAGCACAGCAGCAGUUAAAGGUCCAGAUUUUGGCAUCAAUGCUCUGUCCACCAAUGGCAGCCAGGAGCCUCACGGCCCGGGCCUCCUCAAGGUGUCAGGCCUAGAGCGGAGUCAGGAACGGAGCCAGGAGAGCUGCAGGGACCCUCAGCCUCCUGAAUCCAGCACCUUAAGUCCAGCUCUCGCCCUGCCACAGCCCGAGGCCUCCGUCGCCCAGACCCCAGCCCCUCUUCAGACCCUAACAAACAGCUCUGCCCAGGCUCCGACUCCGGCCCUGCCUCUUCCAAGCUCCGAGGCUCUCCCCGCCCCUCGGACCCCUGCAGCCCUGCCUCUUGCCCAGGGCCAGGAGACCUUACCACCCCCUCUUCCCCGACCCCAGCCACAGCCAGAACACCCUACCCACACUAGGCCUCAACCAACACCGAGCCUUCAUCCGCACCCUCCGUCCCCCGCCCUUCCGACCCACCACCCCCACCAACAGCACCCCAAUCAGGCGGGGCCUCAUCGGCCCCCAUCACGUUGCCACCCCCGGCCCCUUUCUGCUUACAACGGCCUCAACCUUAACGGCCACAGCAGCAGCAGGAGCAGCACCCCCGGCGCCAAGCUGCACGGAUCCUCCGCUCCCGUAUUGCACCUUCCCAACCAGCCGCCUGCUCCGGCAGCUGCCACCUUCCCUCUGUCUCUGGCGGCCAACCAGAGCGCCCCCCACAGCUUCCCCUCUGCGCUGCAGCCCUCGCCACAUCCUCAUCACCCCAAUAUGUUUGCGACUCCAGCAGCAUUGCCUCCACCACCACCACUGACAUCGAGCACCCUGCCGGUACCUGGACAUCCCGCUGCUGGGAGUGCCUAUUCAGAACAAGACCUUCUCCGUCAGGAGCUCAACACCCGAUUCCUGGCCUCUCAGAGCGCAGACCGCGGCGCCUCGCUGGGCCCACCGCCCUACCUGCGGACGGAGUUCCACCAGCACCAACAUCAGCAUCAGCACCAACACACCCACCAGCACACGCACCAGCACACGUUCACGCCCUUCCCCCACGCCAUCAUGCCCACCCCAGCACCACCCAUGGUGCGUACCCCAACCAGAAAUUUUGACAAAUACCCAACAAAAGUCGAUCCCUUCUACAGACACAGUCUCUUCCACUCAUACCCUCCAGCCAUGUCUGGCCUCCCACCUGUCAUUCCUCCAACUGGGCCCUUCAGCUCCCUGCAGGGUGCCUUCCAACCCAAGACCUCUAACCCCAUGGACGUGUCCAACAGACCCGGGGCGGUGCCUCACACGUUCUUACAAAAGGACCCCAGGCUAACGGAUCCAUUUCGGCCCAUUCUGAGGAAACCUGGGAAGUGGUGUGCCAUGCAUGUCCAUAUUGCCUGGCAGACGUAUCACCACCAACAGAAAGUGAAGCAGCAGAUGCAGGUCGACCCUCACAAGCUAGACUUCGGCCUCAAGCCCGAGUUCCUCAGUCGACAUCCGGGCCCCAGCCUGUUCGGUGCCAUCCAUCACCCAAGUGACUUGGCACGGCCUGCUACGCUCUUCUCUGCUGCAGGUCCUACCCACCCUUCAGCUGCUCCCUUCGGCCACCCACCCCCUCAUCCAGGAAACUUCCUCGCCCCAGCAUCACACUUAGGCAAGAGGACUCUCCCCUUUGAGCCUUUCAAUAGGCCGUCAUCGUUUGGAGGACUGGGGUCUCUCAGUUCAUCGGCCUUCGGGGGGCUUGGAAAUCCAGCACUCAAAUCCCUAACAGCGGCCAACUCCGUGUUCGGCCAUAAGGAGGGCCCCAACGCACCGCAGCACUUAAACAGCAGCAGCAACAGCAGUCACCAGGAGCCGUGGAACCGCCUCCACCGCACACCCCCAUCCUUCCCCACGCCGCCCCCCUGGCUGAAGCCUGGAGAUUCAGAGAGAAGCGCCUCAGUCAGCUCACAUGAGAGGGAUCGGGACUCUGAUAAGCGGGACUCAGUUGGUAAAGACGACAAAGACAGGGACUCGGUAGAGAAGCGGCAGCCAAGCCAUCCAUCCCCGGUCCCCGUCCAUCCAAUCAACCUCCUCAGCCACACCCGGCCCCCUGAGCACCAUAGAAACCACCUGCCUCCCGCUUCUGGGGACCCUCAGAGGGACAAGGAGACGAAGGCCAAAGACAGAGAAAGGGAGCACCAAGACUCUUGGAAAGACAACGCAGAUGACCACAAGCUCAAGGACAACCAGCACAGCGACAAGGACGCACCAGUCAUCCAUGAUGGCCGAGUGUCAGAGGACAAGGUGCCCAGCAGGGGCACCACGUCGCCCUACGUUCGGCAGACCAGCCUGGAGCGUCCUAAUGGUGGUCUGAGCAGGGAGGUCCUGGAGAAGAAGUCGGAGCUACCAUACGAGCAGCAGCAGAAGAAGAACAAUGAGAUUAAAGUGAAGGAGGAGAGGAAGGAGGAGCACGAUGGGGCAGCAGAGAGGAUCAGUGAGCCCCCGUCACAGGCACCCCCCACUCCAACGCUUCACCCACCCUCCUCGGUGCCCAUUCCAAUGGGAAUGCCAGGGGUCCACCCCAUCAACAGCAUCAGCAGUCUGGAGAGAACUCGUGUUGUGGCCCCCUUCAUGGGUGCCAGCCCCCUUCCUGGGGUUGAGAGGUUCCCCUAUCCCGCUUUCCACUGGGACCCAAUGAGGGACCCUUACCGAGGUCUGGACAUCCACAGAAGGGACCCUAUGGCCAGGGACCUUCUGCUGAGGAACGACUCCCUGCAUCGGCUUGCAGUUCCACGCCUUUACGAGGCGGAGCGCUCCUACCGGGACCGGGAGCCUCACGACUUCAACCGCGACCACGUCCAUUCUCUGGUCCUGGAGCAGCGGAGGGAGCAGGAGCGCGCCCAGCUGGAGGAACGCGACCGUCUCAACAUGCUCAGAGAGGACUACGAGCACGGCCGCCUCCAUCCCCCAAUGCACCACCCAGUCCUGGACGGACACCUUCCCCACCCCGCCCCGGGCCUUAUGGCCCCGGGACUUCCAGGCAUGCACUACUCCAGAGUGAGCCCAUCAGCCGCAGCAGCAGCCGCUGCCGCGGCGCAUCAGAACAGCAUCUUAAACAAAACGCCACCCACAGCGUCGCUGAGCGCUCCCCCGCCUCUCAUCCCGACCAUGGGUGCCCGGCCCGGUUCCCCCAGACGGACUACUCCGCUGGCCACAGACAUCAGGGACAGACCAACUCACAAAGACAUUGAGGCGCGAUGAGUUGCGUCGGCGUUCCCGUCAGCCCCGUGCCUCACCGUCACUAAACUCACACCCAGCACUUAGCUUUGGACAAAGCGAGACUGUAACAUAGCUGUGAAUAAUUUAUGUAGGCGGACGUGUCUACACGUGUUUUUGUAUAAAACUAAAAUGAAAAGAACCUUUUUCUUUUUUUUAGUUUGCUCCAUGGUUUUGUGUGUUUAUCCUGUAUAGCAAAAGUGAUGUGGAGUAAGACUAAACUUUGGAAUGUACAGCUACUUUAGCACUGACAGUCAUGUAGAUAAUGUACAGUCGCUGUUGCUCACUCUGUAUGGAUUGAAAAAUCAUGGUACAAAUAUGCAAAAGAGUGUUUCGAAAGCUUUACUUUGACUAAAUGUAAAUAUAGGAGUAUUAAGGCUUUGAUUCAGAAUGUGCUUUUCGCUAUUUGUUUUCUUUUCAGCAUGUUCCAGAGAUACCCCACACCCCCACAUACAACUAUGCAACAAACGUCUGGGCUCCUGUUCUGAAAGCUGGCCUUCUCAGCACUGCUGAUCGUGCACCAAUAAAGGAAAACAUGGCUGAAUUCUCUUCACCACACAAAAAUCAUAGUGAAACACAGGUUUUAAAUGGGACCUAUUAAGCUUCCUUGAUCAGGUUACGAUAGGUCAGAGCAUGCUCAUUACAAAAUCAAAUAAAAAAAACAAAAUCAUUUCUAGAUUAGGAGAUUUUACUCUUUCAAAAUGAGCUGUUUUAGGGACUCUUGUCACUUUAAAUCCAAAUAAGCUGCUGUUGGCCACGCCCCCUAACUCAAUGUUUACACUCACAAGAGAAAAUGAUUGCAAACUGAUGCGCAAUUAUACAACCAUUCGUCUUUGAAAAGCAGAAAUGGAGCCUCCUGCACAACCAACAAUAGUACACCAAGUGGUUUCGAGAUUGUAAGUCAAAAACAAAGCACUUGCCUUUUCCAGCAGCCAUUGUACGGCCCAUACUGUGGUAAAACCUGCUGAUCAAACAUGAUGGAGGUCAGCUUGGGUUCUAGGUGAGGGCUGGGUCUGCUGAUUUAUGGCAUUACAUUCUGAAGGUUUAUGAAAUAGAUCCUUUUCAAGACACCAAAAAACAUUAACUUAUUGCCAAAAACCGGUGCCUGGAUGUUUUGUUUUUUAAGCACUUGGGCUGUUUUUAUAAGUACAAAAACGUGAAAUGUGAAGUUUGCAUAAUAGGUCCCCUUUAACUGCUCCACAUUCUCGGAUUCAACUAAAUGAUCAUAUUUAAGAAUGAUUCUAUCAUUGUAGUGACAAUCUACAUUCCUGUAUUGAAUCCUAAAGUAUUUUCUUAAAUGUAGAAUCUCAAUGAAUAGUUUAUCUCGUCUCCCAUCGUUCUGGUUCUGUGGGGAAUGCAGCCCAGUCAACACCAGGAUGGCACGUUAGCCCAGCUGAUGGUGUGUAAAGUACAUGUUUUGGGAAUUAAGUUCUGUUGGUCGGACAGUGUAAUAAAGUGCUUUCCUAAGUUGUUGUACCUACAAAUACAAAAAGACAAAAAAAGCAAGUCUGAGCUAUGGGCCGUUCGUUUCUAACUCGCAGAGAUCUAUUUUAGUAGUUCCUGAAGGUUUUAGUUGUGCGCUUAAAAAAAAAACAAACUCUGUGAUAUGUUGUGCAGUGUUUUUUUUUUUUUUUAUCUAUUGAUAAAAAUGUCCACCAGAGCCAUAGUGGUUAGUUAAUGCGUAAUGCAAAAAGAUUGUUACCUGAGAAACUCUUUUGCUGUUUACCGUGUACAGAGGGAGGAAAAAAAACUUUCUAGCUCAUGUACAAAAAAAAUGAAGCGACUGAAUCUUCAGCAUGUUCCUCAUUUAAACUUGUGAUAUGUAAAUUGUGCCAUGUUAUUAAAAAAUGUGUACUUUA